AUGAGCACUCUUCAGAUCGUCGAUGUUCGGCUCCAUGACAAGCACACUCCCAGUCACGCCAAUGAUAUCCAGUCGCAGAUCAUCAGAGGACUCAUGGCUGCCACAAAUGAGAGGACCUUGCCCACCAUGAUUCUAUAUGACGAGCACGGCUUGAGGCUAUACGACAAUAUUACCACUCAGGCUCCGGAAUAUUAUUUGUUUGGCGCGGAAGAGCAAAUUCUCCGAGACUACGCGAGCCAAAUCGUGGAUGUUAUGCACCAGGGUACUGCAGGUGUUAUUUCAGGAGAGGUCGUGCUUGAGCUCGGCGCUGGCGCAUUGCGCAAGACUUCCCACAUCCUUAACGCGCUUGCUAGUCUCAUUCCUAUCGCCCCGCCUGUUGUCCCCAUAACAUACUACGCUCUUGAUCUUGAAGAACGUGAGCUCAAGCGUACUUUGACGGGGCUUCGCGAGUCUGCAGUUGGUUCUAUGCUUGUCGGCAAAGUCGAGACGAAGGGCAUGCUUGGAACGUACGAAGCUGGAAUCAAAUUCAUCGAGGAAGGCGGUCUUCAAGAGACUUGUUUUGCGGACGGUGCUUCGCGACUAUCGUUUGGAUCUUACAAGCUCGAUAGCAUUCACCGGGACUCCUCUCCAACCUCGACAGGCUCUUCAUUUCCUGACUCGACAGACACUGAGAUUACUUCUCCGUCCACACCAGGCAAUAGUCAGCCUCCCUUACAUUUGCUCUUCCUUGGCUCCUCGCUAGGCAACUUCAAGCGCGGAGAAGAUGCCGAAUUUCUGCGGGCGUUGCCAUUGGAGCCCGGUAAGGAUACACUUCUUCUUGGGUUGGAUCAUGAUAAUGGUCGCGAGGAGAUUGAACUGGCGUACAAUGACCCUCAGGGUCACACUCGACGUUUUAUACUGAAUGGGUUGAAGUCCGCUGGGAGGGCACUCGGAGACGAGUCCACGUUCACGGUAGAAAAUUGGGAAUACGUAAAUACGUACAACGAACUCAAACGUCGUCAUGAAGCAUAUUAUAGGUGUACCCGGACGCAUAGCAUCAACCCCCCGAUGGCGCCCAAGUCGAUCCAGUUUUUGGAGGGUGAACUUGUAAGCAUGGAAAUAUCGCAUAAAUUCUCGGAAAGCGAUGCAUACACGCUAUUCACUGAGGCCAAUCUGCGGCCUAUCCAGCGAUGGAUGGACAAUACGAGACGUUACUCACUUUGGCUCUUAGAACGCCCGCCUAUCGUAUUUCCGUUGCUUGACUCGCCAUCGGCGGUGUCUGGCCACAUUUCCAAGUUCGGUAUUCCCUCGAUAGAAGACUGGAGCAACAUGUGGACUGUUUGGGACCUCAUCACGCUGCGCAUGAUACCCCCUGCAAUGCUUUUCCAGAAGCCGAUUGAUUUGAGGCACAUCUGUCUGUUCUAUCUCGGUCACAUCCCAACCUUUCUUGACAUUCACCUAUCUCGUCUGCUUGACGAACCCCAUACCGAUCCUCAGGAGUUCAAGCACAUUUUUGAGAGAGGCAUUGACCCCAUUGUCGACGACCCGACUCAAUGCAACCAUCCUCAUUCAAUGGUUCCUACGAAAGAUGAUGAUUGGCCCUCAAUUCACAGUAUUUUGGCCUUCCGAAACCGUACCAGGGAUCGCCUUAGGAAGGUUUACAGUGAUAUCGCUGAAGGCAAGAUUCCCUUGACUAGGAAGGUGGCUCGUGUCCUGUUCAUGACGUUCGAGCAUGAAGGUUUUCAUGCCGAGACGCUUUUGUAUAUGCUAGUUCAGCGUGCAGGGACAGGAACGAUUCCUCCGCCCGACUUUUCUCCUCCCCAUUGGGAGAGUCUUGCAGCGCAUUGGCAAACAGCACCCAAGCCUGCUGUAGCGACCGUUGAAAUAGGCCCUUCAACUGUUACGUUUGGUAUUGACGACAUUGAAGAAGAGGACACCGAUCCUGCAAAACGCUAUGAUGUCGCUGGUCACAUCUUUGGGUGGGACAAUGAGAGCCCCAGUCGGGAGGCUGAAGUUAAAGCGUUUCGUAUGGAGUGGCGACCGGUGACAAACGGAGAUUUUUAUGAGUUUUACAAGGGUGCUGGGCAAGGUAAAGUCAAGUUCCCUGCAAGUUGGGAGGAUUGUAACGGAGAUACCUGUGUGCGGACGCUGUAUGGCCCAGUUCCCAUCAAGAUCGGCUGGGACUGGCCGGUCCUUACUUGCUACAAUAAUCUUUCAGUGUAUGCGAGUGUCAAAGGCGGACGCAUCCCGACCGAACCGGAACUGAGGGUCUUCCUCAACAAAUUCUCUUCUGGGUAUGAAGGGGGCGCCAACGUCGGAUUUAGGAACUGGCAUCCCGUUCCGGCCACUACCGGCGGAAGCAAGCACGAUGGGAAAGGACACAAUGGAGGGGUGUGGGAGUGGACUUCCACUGUCUUUGACAAGUAUGAUGGUUUCGUACCAUCGACCUUGUAUCCGGGGUAUUCUGCUGAUUUCUUCGACCAAUCUCACCAAGUGGUGAUCGGAGGAUCAUACGUGACCAUUCCCCGCAUUGCUGAAAGGAGCAGUGUACGCAAUUGGUACCAGCGGAACUACCCCUACUCUUGGACGAGCGCCAGAAUUGCUUACGACGUGUGA